AGGUCGGCAAUGUGGGAACCGUUAAGUUUGUAAGCUAGAGGUCCUAACAGUAAAUAUGUAAUUUUGGAACAAGAGUUACAAACGCGAUCAGAAUAAAAAAACUGAACUCGUAACUGUCGCGAUAAAAGCUACUGUCUCUAAGAUAACUAACUAUCCGUCCCACAUUUGUUAAAAUCUAAUCUCGGUGCUCCACGUGAAUGGUAUAAAAACACCGUGCAAUGCACCAUCGUUACCUUUUAGCCAUCAUGUUCAAAAUCGUGCUGAUUGCAGCGAUCGCCGCUCUUGCCAUUGCAAGCCCGAGAUUUCGUCCAGUAGUUCCUCAACUGGAUGGAAGAAUAGUUGGAGGAGUCGACGUGAACAUCGAAGAUUACCCUCACCAAGUUUCUCUUCAAUUCUUAGAUGUUCACGAUUGUGGCGGAUCGAUCAUUGCACCCAACCUAAUUUUGACAGCUGCUCACUGCACUGAUCAUCUGGUCCAAUUCCUAAGCAUCCGUUACGGAAGCAGUUUAAUGGAGGAGGGUGGUUCGGUAAUAAAAGUUGCCCAAAAAUUCGAUCAUCCCAGUUACGAUCCAAUUACCUUCGAUUAUGACCUCUCGAUCCUGAAACUGGUCAGCGACAUUAAGGCGUCACCCAAGGCACAGAUUAUUGAUUUGGUACCAUACAACACUGAGGAAGGCGGUCGUAGAGCCUUCGUAUCAGGAUGGGGUGCCCUUUACACUGACGGGCCAUCACCAAAACAAUUGCAAGUAGUUGAACUCAACGAGGAAGACAGAGAGGCAUGCAAAAAGGCAUACGGUGGCAAAAAGAUCACCGACAGAAUGAUCUGCUUUAACAACCCCGGUAAAGAUUCGUGUCAGGGUGAUUCCGGUGGUCCACUAGUCGCUAGCGGUGCUCAGGUUGGUGUCGUGUCAUGGGGAUACGGAUGCGCUGACGCUAAAUAUCCCGGUGUAUAUUCACACGUAGACAACGCGCAGCUGAGAAUGUACAUUGAAGAUAUUUUAAGAAAGCAUGCUAGCAAAUAAGAUCUAAACAAAAAGUUUGUUCAUUAGAAGUUUAACUGUUU